CACAAUGGCUCGAGCGGCCGUGAUUCCGAAGUCGCCGCCUAAGCGCGCGACGCGCACGGCGGCCCAACGAAAGAUGACAGCGACAUCAACAACGGCAGCAGCUGCUGCCAAGGCAGCACCGAAGACCACGAAAGCGAAGACUACAACGACGACGGCCACGGACGCGAAGAAACGGGGUACGCGCGCUGCGCCGAGGACAGCUGCGCGGGUGACGCAGCCCGAGUCGGACGAUAAUACCGAUGAUGAGAUUGGCGUUAUUGAGACGAAACCGGCUAAAACGCGAGGCAGGCCGGCUGCUACGACGCGGGGAAAGAAGAUUGCCACGCCGCCGCCGCCACCUGCGCCGACUGAGAUGGAGGAUGAGGAUAGUGAGGAGGAUGAGCUGGCGCAGGUGGACGAGCCGAAGAAGCGGCCUGGUCGGCCUCGGGUUGCUAAGGGUCAGGAGACGAAGCCUGCUGCGGCUCCUAAGACGCGCGGUCGUCCCAAGGGGAGCACCGCGACGAAAGCUACUAGGAGAACCGCCCCGCCGCCCGUCGACGAUGUUUCUAGUCAGGGGGCUCCGAGGGAGGUGUUCAUCAACUCCAGCGUCAUGAGAUCGAAUAUCCUGCGUGGACCGGCGAAGAAGAAAACGGUUACGUUCCAAGUAUCAGACUCGGAGAAUGAGGAGAGCGAGCCGGAGCCUCCUGUUCGUAGCCGGCGUGGAAGAGCGCCCGGCCUGGCUGCCAAACCCGCUCGCAAGCCUGCCGGCAGGCCUGCUGCCACGCCCGCUCGAGGCCGGAAACCCGCGGCGGCUAAGAAGGGCGCGGCCAAGCCUCUGUCGCCCAAGAAGGCGACCCAGGUCGCGAAGUCGCUGUCUUCGUAUGCGAGCUCGGAUGGCGAAGACGACGAGUUGAGCGGCGCCAAGGAUCAAUAUCAUCUUGUUGUGCGCUCCCCUGAGAAACAGGGGUCAGGAACCACCGGCCUCAGUUCCCCAGUCAAGCGCAUCAACUUCGCGCCUAGCCCGCCAAAGCAUGUCGAUGAGAACGGCGAACCGAACCUCAAGCCUCCGAAGUCUAUGGACUUUAGCCAGUCACCGUUUAUGUCUAGCCCCGCCCGUCGUCCACCCCCUUCACCAUUCAACUACACGUUUAGGGAAACGCCCAAGAAAGGAGGAUUCUCCAUCGGAAGUGCCGCAAAGCCACUGGACCAGCCAGAGUUAACCGCGACCAUUGCAUCGCCGCUGAAAUUCUCCCCCAAGAAAGCCAACAUCGAAACCCCCCGACGCGGAAACCUCUUCGGCGGCCAUCAGCAGCCCAUCUCCCAACCCAACUUCACGCCCGGCCAUGACUCGCCGCUCAAGUCGUCUCCAAAGAAGGGAAACCUCGCCGCUUCGUUCUCGUCUUCGCAGCAUAAUACACUAGAGACGAUGUCUACCCCGCUGAGGAGGAGUCUUUUCCAGAGCCCGGCUAAGAAGUUUUCGUCGCCGAGGAAGAGCUUCAUGUCGCCGCGGAAGUUGCCUACGGUGGAGUAUGAGGAGUCAGAGGAUGAGCUGAGUGCGGAUCCUCGUGUGGAUCUCCCGUCUAAGCCUGCGGAGUCGCCUUUGCGGAUUGAGGAGGCUGGUGACGAGGAGGUCGAUGACGAGGAGGCCGAGACUGAUAUCGAGGAAGCUGGAAUCGUUGCACAGGAGGAUACCCAACCAGACGACGAGACUGACGAUGCACAAGCGACUUCUGAGCAUCAAAUGCCAGCAGAUCCAGAGCCUGAAGUACACUUGGAUGCUGUGGACGAAACUGCGAAAUUUUACGACUCCGAAGGGACAGAAGACGACGGCCAGAUGUCGGAAGACGAGGCGAUCGAUGGUCCGAGUGAUACGAUCGUUCAUCACGUUGCCGACGCCAACGAUGAGCAAGCUCACUCCGAUGUCGACGAUGAAAUGGUCGCUGUUGGUGCUGAUAGUCACGCACUGGACGUUGAGGACCUCGAUGAAAACAUGGAGCGCGAGGAGGAAGGGGCGUCUGAGCAUGAUUUUACCGAGGAACCCCUUGAUGCGAAUGCGGACAGUCAAGGUCCCAUGGAGGAAAGCGAGGAACAGGAGGAUGCAGUGGACGAGAUCCAUGAGAUCCAUUCCAUUCCGGAUGCGCAGGAGCACGCCGACGAAGAACAAGCUAUGCGAAACCUGAAUGAGGAAAUAGACCGCGAAAUGGAAGACGAUCGCACACUCGACGGGUCUAAUUUCUUGCUGCGUCCAAGCCUCUUCCAAGGUCUUGAGGAUGUCUUCACUGAUAGUGCUACCCAGGGACACGGUGAAGAUCGCUCGGAGGAUCAUACCAUUCGCUCGAACCACGCUGAAGACUCUUUCAUCCCCCCGACUCAGGAUCAAGACAGUUCAAGCUCGGAAUCCGAUUUCGAUGAUGAACCUACCCUCGUUUGUGAAGCGAGCGGACAGGUCGUGGCGCCGCCGGUUUCGCCUUACGAAGUCCAGGAAUCCGCCAGCCCAUCUUUCCAGGCCCCUGCCGAGAUGCCUCCGGCCCCGUCUCCUCCGAUGACCGGCGAGUAUCGCGAUACUCUUGAUGACAUGGACAUGACCACCAAUACAGACCUUUCUACGGAGUUGGAUUACACUGGCGGUUUCGACUAUCCCCAGUCACCGACUAAGGCCCAGACACCCCGGCGCUUAGGUCAACGGCGGUCGCUCUUGGGUGGGCCUCGUUUCACCCCCUUGGCACAGCAGCUUGGCCAGUGGAAGGCAAGCAGCCCGGCGAAAUCUCAGCCCCGACGUCCCAAGAGAGGUGUUUUCUCCCUGGGUCCGAAGCAAUCUAGUGAUGUCAGCGCCGCAGGCGUGCUCUCGCCUGCUAUCUCUUCUAGUCCGCAAAACCUUCCCGAACAGCCAUCUCCUGCUGGCUCUUUCAAAAUCCACGAAGAUCCGACUGAAGAGCCCCUUGCUGCGGAAUCCGAGACACCGGUUGGUUCACCGGCCCGGGCCGACCAUUUUCCAAGCAGAAGCCCUGCCCUCAGCGAAAGGGAUGAAAUCGAUUGUAUCUCGGUUGUCCCAGAAAGCCCAGUCCAUCCCGCGCCUACCCACGAGGAAUCCGACGACGAGAAGGAGAAUGACGUCCGUCCUCCUAUGACGCCUGCGAAGAAAGCCAUCAACCCGAUGCAGACGUUCCAUACUGUGUCCAAAGUGCCUCUCAAGGCUGAAGGCCAGGUCUCGCCCCUGAAGGUAUCUCGCAAGAGGGGCCUCUCGUUAUCACCAGUCCACUCCAGACCCCGCAAGUCGAUCUUCAUGCCGUCGCCAUCUCGCAAAUCCCCACGGCUUCAACGCCCCACGACCCCCCAGCGCCCCAGGCAAUCACUCAGCCAUGGCCAAACUCCCAACGCGGGCAGCCAACAACGCAGACGCUCCACCGCACCAGCAGCCUCACCAACCCCAGUGAAGAACACCCGCCCAGCUCCCAGCCCCGCCAAAACGCCCCUCCGCGGCGGAACCGACUCCUAUAGCCAGGUCCUCAACGGCGCAGUCGUCUACGUAAACGUGCACACCACCGAAGGCGAAGACGCCAGCGGCAUCUUCGUCGAGCUGCUUCAGCAGAUGGGCGCACGAUGCAUCAAGAGCUGGUCUUGGAAUCCUAGCGCACGUGCGAGCACGUCUCCGGACGGGGAGUCCGAGACGAAGAUUGGGAAGGUCGGCAUUACGCACGUUGUGUUUAAGGAUGGGGGCGUACGUACCCUGGAGAAGGUGAGGCAGGCUAGGGGGUUGGUAAAGUGUGUGGGAGUUGGGUGGGUUCUAGACUGCGAGAGAGAAAACCGCUGGGUCGAAGAAAGCCACUACGCGGUCGACAGCUCGAUCAUCCCCCGGGGCGGCGCCAAACGCAGAAAGAGUAUGGAACCGCGCGCCCUAAGCAACAUGAACGGCACCCUCGUCAAGUCCAACCCCAGCAGCAGCAGCAGCAGCCGCAAAUCCGGCGCCGUCGAAGACUUCAUGCGCCAGACGCCUCCCCCCAGCGAAUCCCCGGACCUCACCCCCCAAACCCGCCGCUACGAGUCCAGCCACGCAGAGCCAGACCAAAGCUACUGCCAGACGCCCAAGACGCCAGGCUCCAGACCCUACGACUUCAACUUCGACGCUAUCGGCAUGUCCCCGGCAACGCCAUACUACCUCUCCCAGCGCUCGCGUCUCGUUCAGCAGACGUGUCCGCCUAAACAAACUCACCAGGGUCUGUUCGGGACGCCGUCGCGUGCGGAAUCAGAUGAGGUGGAGCCGUCUUGGAAGCUAAAAGCGAAACUAGAUGCGGCCCGACGGAAGAGUUUAGCGUUUAAGCCGCGGGUGGGGAGUCCUUUGGUUGAUUUAUAGGGCAAUGUGAUGUAAUUAGAUUUCUUUUCUUUUUGUUUCUGUCUUCUUUGACAUCUACGAUUUAGUUCUUUGGGUGCCUGAGGCAGGAAUUGCAUUAUUGGUGUGUUUGGAUUGGAGAUGGAGUUUAUGUGAAUUGAAUUCGGAUGGGAUUUCUGAUAGGUUGGGACUGUUUAUUCGAUUUGUUUUCAUUC